CGCGACGCGGCGGGCGCGAGCUCGGGCCGCGGGAGCGCGCGGGGGCGGUCCGGCAAAGUUGCGAGGCGCUGAGGCGGCGGCAGCGGCACCGGGACCGGCGGCACCAUGGACGACUUGGAUGCCUUACUGGCAGACCUGGAAUCCACCACCUCCCAUAUCUCCAAACGGCCAGUGUUUCUAACGGAGGAAACACCUUACUCCUAUCCAACUGGAAACCACACGUACCAGGAGAUUGCUGUGCCACCUCCCGUGCCUCCGCCACCUUCCAAUGAGGCCCUGAAUGGCACUGUGAUUGACCCCUUAGACCAGUGGCAACCCAACGUGUCCAGAUACGUCCACCAGCAACCUCAGUCCCAGUCUCCUAUAUACAGCUGUAGUGCCAAAAGCUCCAGUGCCUCUGUUCCUAGAGAUGGAGUGAGCUCUCCUUCUCCCCGUGCCAGUGAAGAGGAACACGUCUACAGUUUCCCGAACAAGCAGAAGUCUGCAGAGCCAUCUCCCACAAUGAACAGCUCCUCUCUGGGCAGCAACCUCUCAGAACUGGACAGACUCCUUCUGGAACUGAAUGCUGUUCAACAUAAUCCCACCAGUGGCUUCCCAGCAGAUGAAGCCAGCAGAAGCCCAUCGCUGCCCAGUGUCACUGGCCCUCACUAUGUUGUCCCAGAGAGCAGCAGCUCUGUGGGAGAGAAGGCUGCACCCCCAACAAAAGAAAAGCCAAAGCGAAAUGGUGCACGUGGGGUUGAAGAUGUGCGUCCCAGUGUGGAGAGCCUGCUGGAUGAGCUGGAGAGCUCUGUGCCAAGUCCAGUCCCGGCAAUCACUGUGAGCCAGGGCGAGGUGAGCAGCCCCCAGCGGGUCACCAGUCAGCAGCAGACCCGUAUAUCUGCUUCUUCAGCUACACGAGAACUGGAUGAGCUGAUGGCAUCUCUCUCUGACUUUAAGUUCAUGGCGCAGGGGAAAGCCGGGAGCAGCUCCCCUCCAUCCACAGCCUCCAAGCCUGGCAGUCAGCUGGACACCAUGCUGGGAAGCCUGCAGUCUGAUCUGAACAAACUGGGUGUAGCUACAGUUGCCAAAGGUGUCUGUGGAGCCUGCAAGAAGCCUAUUGCUGGGCAGGUUGUUACAGCCAUGGGGAAAACCUGGCACCCUGAGCACUUUGUCUGCACCCACUGCCAGGAGGAGAUUGGGUCACGAAACUUCUUUGAGCGGGAUGGUCAGCCCUACUGUGAGAAGGACUAUCACAACCUCUUCUCCCCUCGCUGCUACUACUGCAAUGGGCCGAUCCUUGAUAAAGUGGUGACGGCUUUGGACAGGACAUGGCACCCGGAACACUUUUUCUGUGCCCAGUGUGGAGCUUUCUUUGGACCUGAAGGAUUUCAUGAGAAGGAUGGCAAAGCCUAUUGCCGCAAGGACUACUUUGAUAUGUUUGCUCCCAAGUGUGGAGGCUGUGCCCGGGCUAUCCUGGAAAACUACAUCUCUGCCUUGAACACCCUGUGGCACCCUGAAUGCUUUGUCUGUCGGGAAUGUUUCACACCAUUCAUCAAUGGCAGCUUCUUCGAGCAUGACGGGCAGCCCUACUGCGAGGUGCAUUACCACGAGCGCCGCGGCUCGCUCUGCUCCGGUUGCCAGAAGCCUAUCACAGGACGCUGCAUCACUGCUAUGGGCAAGAAAUUUCACCCCGAACACUUUGUCUGUGCCUUCUGCCUCAAGCAGCUCAACAAAGGAACCUUCAAAGAACAGAACGACAAGCCCUACUGCCAGAACUGCUUUCUCAAGCUCUUCUGUUAGAGGCAUCAUAGACGGGCGCUAAGCAUCUUUCUGCCACCCCCUUGGCAGUUCUAUCUCUCUGAACAUUACUGUGAUUUAGAAACCUGACCAGGCAGGGGAGGAGGGUGGGGUGGGGGUGGGUGGGAGUGCUUUCUGCUGCUAUGAGAGGCAGUAGAUCCAGAGAUGAGACGGACCAUUAAACUGGAAAUGCCCUUGCUGUGUCUCAGUAGAGAGAGGCCGAGAUCCCUCAUUAUGGUGUGAGUCUGCGUGUGUGACUGACAGCUGAGCUUAGCUCAAGGGCUCCAACAGGGAGAUUUUACCCAGCCCCCUCCUGGCAGAAGGAGUCUUUGCCAGUACAUUUCAGCCUGUGUCAGCUUCCUGAGCAAAUGGUGACGCUUGCAGACAGCACAGCCCUCUGCUUUGACACCUUUCUCAGGCUUUAGUCUGCGUGCAUGCAGGCUGAGCAAUAGCACAGCGAGGGCACCCUGUGAUCUCAGUGACACCCUCAGAUCUCUGCUCACUAGAGCCAAGGGGGGUGUGUGACUUACUGAGAUCAGAGCAUCAGCACAGGCAGCCAAGACCCUGCAAGGGUCUCUCCAGUUCCAUUACACUGUAAGGAUAUGAUACCACUUAUUUCUUUUUUAAAGAGGAAUCAAGGUGUUACUGUGUGGGGUGUUUGUUUUGUUUUCUUUCCCCCCCCUAGUUUGUUAUUCCCUGCCUUUUCUCAACACACUGGAGCAGGAGGUGGAGUAAGCCCCAGCCAUCCCUUAGCACUGAUGUGCGCUCCUGUGGGUGACAUCCUAUGCCAGACACCUCUGUCAGCACCCAGGCUUGCUCAGGGCAUCUGCUCCCAUUGCCUGCUGCUUCCAGGAGGAAGCAUCAUCAUCCCUGCUUUAAAAGCAGGAGCAGACAGGUUAGAGCACAGCCUUUUUCACCCAUCCCUGUCACGAGUGUGUGACGUGUGUGUGUUUAUCUGGCCUGAAACUCUCCCCUAUCAGGGCCUGAAACCAUCACAAGAGCAGGGAGAAGUGGAGGGUUUAAGAAGCCAGGAAAAAAAAGAUCCAGACUUUAUAUCCUUUCUUCUUCCUCUCUUUUGCUAAUGAGACUUGUCAGCCCCAUGGUAUUUUCCUUUCCUGUGCUCUUGUUAAACAUGUUCUACUGAGAGAUGCUAGAGCAAUAACCUUUUAUACUGACUGUUACUGGUAUAACACGUCCCUUGGGUCAGGUGUGUGUGACACACUUGGGGUUUUACUAUCCAACCAAAUACUGUAUCCUGUCUUUGAUAAGAAUUGUAGAUUUCUACACUGAUUUUGAAUUCAUAUCUAAUUUACUUUUAAUCCUCUUAUAUGGAAAUUGAUUUUGAAGUGAUUUUAAGAAAGCAACUUUUAUAUCAAGCUGUGCUGGUCUAGGCAGUGUGCCAGUUGUGCUGGUUACUGCAUCUGUAACCUCAAUGCUUUGUUAAGCCUAACUAACA